AUGUCGUAUGAUGACAAAUUCGAUUCGUCAUUGGAUUUAUUGAGAAGAUUGGAUCCCAGGACCAUUCUGGCCAAUCUCAAUAGUGUCUGUAGUCUUAUUCAGAAUGGCUCGGACGAUAACGAAGAAGUAGUCCAGGACUUGCUUUCAUCCGUAGACACUCCGUUGCAGGUGAGAAAAUGCGUACAGUCGGGAAAGCUGUAUCUUUGCUGCGACUAUAACAGAGACGGAGAUAGUUAUAGAUCUCCCUGGUCCAACAAAUACUAUCCUCUGCCAAAUGGAGAUGAUGAUAUACCUCCUCCAUAUCCGCUGGAUUUGUUGAGACAGUUGGAAUUAAAGGCCAAUGAUAGUUUUGAUGUGUACCGGGACUUGUACUAUGAAGGCUCGGGUAUAAGCUCCGUGUAUCUCUGGGACUCGGCGGAAGACGACGAGCCCGAUUCAUUGACUGAUGGGUUUGCUGGUGUCGUAUUGUUCAAGAAGGAAACCGAUGAUGGAUCGGGCAAAUGGGACUCUAUCCAUGUGUUUGAGGUUGUUCCAGUAUCUGCUAACAGCUUCUCGUACAAAUUGACCAGUACGGUGAUACUUGAUUUGCAGAACAAACAAACUUCCUCGUUGUCCUUGUCAGGCAAUUUGACCAGACAGUUGGAAACGUCGGCCACAGCUGAAUUGGACAGUGGUUUGAAUCUUGAAACGAAUCACUUGAUCCAAUUGGGGCAAUUGGUCGAAAAGUCGGAGUACAAUAUCAGAAACUUGUUGCAGGAAGUUUACUUUGACAAGUUGAAAGAUAUCAUGCUUAAGGAUUUGAGAUCCGUUGGCGAAAUCAGCGACAAGAAGUUGGAGGACUUGAGACAGUCGGAGAUGAUCAAAGGUUUGCAAAGCUUGUAA